UGGAAGAGGAAGCGGCUGCUCUUCGUGAGAUGCAAGCAAAAGUUGAGAAGGAAAUGGGCGCUGUUCCAGAUCCAGCUAGUACAGCACCUAAUCAAGCAAACAAAGAGGAAGCAGAUUCUCGUUCUGUGUUUGUUGGCAAUGGUCCUCUUAUUCUUCAAGUUCUCUGUAUGUAUUGCUGGAAUAGUAACACUAUAUUUUGAGGGUGGGCCAGAGUCAUUUUUAUGUUAAACAGGGUUGUUAUAUGAGAGAUACAAAAUCAAUAUUGAAUUUGAAAGAAAACAGAGAAAAAACAAAAUACUCUGAAAAUGACAAGAAAGUAUGUCCGAUUUUACUCGGAAAAAAAGAGAAAAAGAAAAGGAAUCAAAGAAACAUUUGAGGGGGGAAUGCUAGCCAAAAAGAAACAGAAAAAAGGGGGAAAAAAAGAGAAAGAAAGGAGAUGAGAAAUGAAGAAAGAAAGAUGGGGAAAAAAGUGAAGUCAAGUAUGAAACUCAAGAAAAAGAAAAAAAGAUUGGUGUCUGAAUAAAAUCUAUUUGAAAGAAAAAAAAUGGAGGGGGGAAUGCUAGCCAAAAAGAAACAGAAAAAAGGAAAAAAAAAAGAGAAAGAAAAGAGAUGAGAAAUGAAGAAAGAAAGAUGGGGAAAAAAGUGAAGUCAAGUAUGAAACUCAAGAAAAAGAAAAAAAUAUUGGUGUCUGAAUAAAAUCUAUUUGAAAGAAAAAAAUGGAGUGAAGGAACUCAGCAAAAGGCUUAUUGGAGGUUGCUGGAAUGGAUGCAAGUAGGAUGUGAAUAAUGAUGCUUCAAAUAUGAUAUUUGAGAAGAAAGCUGUUGCUUUCGAGGAGCAUGGGCAAGUUGGGAUAUGCAAUCUAAGUUGCAGAGCCUCGACCCUGCUGGUGAUGGUCUUUGGUGCUUCCAAAACGUGUGAUCAUGGGACAGAUGGGGAGAAAGGUUGAUUAUGCAUGCACGCCUGAAGAAGUGCAGCAGCAUUUUCAGUCCUGUGGUACGGUAAAUAGGGUUACUAUUUUGACAGAUAAGUUUGGCCAGCCAAAGGGCUUUGCUUAUGUGGAGUUUGUUGAAGUAGAAGCUGUUCAAGAGGCUCUGGCUCUCAACGAAUCUGAACUACAUGGCCGUCAAUUGAAGGUUUCUCCCAAAAGGACCAAUGUUCCUGGAAUGAAGCAAUAUCAUCCUAGAUCUUUCAAUCCUUACAUGGGUAACCGGUUCAGGAGGCCAUAUGCGCCCCCUUAUUUCUACUCUCCUUAUGGAUACGGGAAGGUGCCUAGAUUCAGAAGGUCAAUGCGAUACAUGCCUUAUUACUAAGAUGUUUCCGUCAGACAAAGGAGUUUAUAUCUGGUGGAUAGUUAUCUAAGAAUUUCAGAUUUCAUCUUCAUUUGACAGGACAAGUAGAUGCUUUAUUGGUGUCAUGUUUGUGACUACUUUGUAUCUGUAUAACACAGAAGAUUCCUGUAAUUUUAAUCCACCAUGGUUAUGCACAAGCCUGCAAGUCUGUGCAGUUCAAGCUUUA